GGGCUCCUUGCAAUCGGGUAAAGAUCGUUUCUCAACGCAGGCUCUCUAGCCACGUGGACCUGAUAAAAAGACAAAAAGCAGCUGGCUGCUUUUUGUUAUAAAAAGCUAUGGCCUCCGGCUCCACUCCUGAGUUUGGUGGCUAUGAUCUCCAGUUUAUGAGCGAACCUCCAGAUGCACUGAUGUGUCUGAUUUGCACACUUGUGGCCAAGGACCCUCAACAAAUGGACUGCUGUGGGAGAGUCUACUGCACACUCUGUCUCUCUGAGCACAAGAAGCACUCGGACAAGUGCCCUCAAUGCAGGAAGGCUGGGAAUAGCUUCAACGACAAAAAGAGCAGUUUAGAGAUCAAUAACCUCAGAGUCAAGUGUCGUAACGAAGGAGCCGGUUGUCGAUGGAUGAAAGAACUGCAUGGCCUCGAAAAACAUCAAAAGUCAUGUCAGCACGCUUUGGUCUCGUGUCCCAAUGAAUGCAAGGAAGCAGGAGGCUCUGAAGUUUGUACUUUUCUUCGCAAAGCUUUAAAAUCUCACAUCAAAUCUAAAUGUCCGAAAAGGCAAUACAAAUGCCCACGCUGUCAAGAAUCGGGAGAAUACGAAGAGAGAACAAGCAGACAUCUUAAUGUUUGUCCAAUGAUAAGCACGGAUUGUCCAAACGAAGGUUGUCACAAACGAAUACCCCGUAGCUCUGUCUCUAGCCAUGCUAAUAUCUGUGACUAUGAGCUUGUUCCCUGCAAGUAUGCCGUGGUCGGUUGUGAGAAGACUCCUCUACGUAAGGACCUUUUGGAGCAUGAGGAAGAUGACAAACUUCACCUGCGUAUUACUGCUGAAGCUGUUUUGAGUUUACAACAGAAGAUGACAUCCGAUUCAUCAAACCAGUUCACAUUUAUGGUGCCAGAGUUCAAGAAACUAAGAUUGAAGAAUGCGGUCCAUACAAGUCCACCAUUCUACAUGAAAGGCUAUAAAAUGAAUAUAGAAGUUCGUGCAAAUGGUGAUCAAGAAGGCAAAGCCCAUGUCUCUGUGUUUUCUUUCUUCUUGAAGGGAAAAUACGAUAAUUGUCUUCAGUGGCCAUUUCCAGGAACAGUAUCAAUCGAACUACUAAAUCAGCUGGAGGAUGUGAGCCAUUUUAAACAAGGUAUGGUGUUUCCUGCCGACAACAUAUCCAGUCAUCGUGUGACAAAUAACCGUGGAAAAGGCAAGGGGGGAUGGGGCUGGGUUAGAUUCGUCUCUCACUCUGCACUGAACUACAAUCUUGAAAAAAACUGUCAAUACCUCAAGAAUGAUUCUCUUGUUUUUCGAAUAUCUAUCGACAUACCUGAUCACAAGCCCUGGCUCGUGUGUAGCGCUGAGAGCAUGUUUCACCAUUAACUGUAACUACCACAACUGCUGUUGUUCCACUAAUAUUUAAUAUUCAUAUUUUAUUGCUAUUGCCAUACUAUCUUGUGCAUUAUUGAUGUAUAUACUGUUUUUGAUUAUGA